AUGGCCACGACGUCACCGGAAACAAUGCUGGUCUGCACCUGUGCUCUCCUUACUGGAUUACUGUACGAGAAAGACUUACUCGGUGUACAAUCCUGGUUGCUUUUCCCCGAACGGUUGAUUAACUUUGGCUCUGAAUUUAUCGGCCCAAUAUUGGAAACCCCACCACCGGCACAUCUAAACAAACCACUGGGUGCCACACUCGAACUGCAAGAACAAGCGGAGUGGGAUCGUCGUGAGUUUCAGCACUUCGAGGCUAGAAGAGCAGUGAUGCAAAAUUUGGCUACGAAUUCCUUUCGGUUCCAGACAUGA